GGAAAUCAAAGGACAUUGCUCUUACCGGUCGAUUGUGUAUAAUGUUCUCGUGUGUCAGUUAGUCGCUGAGAGAAAGCGCUUGUUGUUGCUAUGGAGGCCUGUCCGGGAUGGAGUAGACACUUUUGAUGAUCAGAGAAGACGUGAAUCUUCUGCUUGUAUCGGACGAGGUGUGUUGAGCGAAGGGUUCAGUUCUAUCUGAUUGACCGAAGGAACGAUCCACUGCCUGAGAGGCGUCCGUUUACUCCGUGCUAAGCGAGCUGUGAAUCACUCUCUGGGCGGAUUCUCAGUACAACGCGUUUGCUAGUGCCUAAGGUUUGUCAAUCUCACUUCACCUCGCGACCUCGAGGCCUUUCAAUUUUUUCGUCCUUCACCUCCGAGGAGCACACGCGCCAACUUCACAUAUUUUCUGUCCCCAUCACUUUAUUUUACACUCUACUUCGUGGGCGUCGCUUUCAGUCGUACCUUUGGUCACUAUCUGGUCUCAACGUCCUAAGAGUCGUCGAGAACCUUACCCUCCCUCUCAAUGCUCAUAGCUACAUUCCGCCGACUCCGUACCGACCUUUCCCCCAGACCUCCGAUCAUGAGACCCAAGAAGAAAUCGGGCACAUUAUCGAAUGCGCCCCGACGGCCCAAGAGCGCCUUCGAUACCCGUCUGCCUUCACAGGACGGGCUUCUAGCGCGUGUGGUCUUCGACGCCAAGAAGCUGCUCGCCCUUCAAAUGGGCUUGGAGUUUGAUAAUUCGAGCGAGAAGGUCGAAGCAGUCGAUUCGCAGGCAGGUCGUGUUGCCCUUUUGAUACACGAGGCCGACGCCCAUUAUGAGCCCGCCACGUCGUACACGACGGCGGCCGACAGUCUCCAAACUCGAAUUCUUCGUCGGAAUGCUUCGGUCAAGCUGUACAAGAAAGGGCUUUGCCCUUUGAGUCCGAGCCCUACCGUCAGCAACGGCGAGGUCAUUGUUCUUCCUGACCAGAGUAUCCACGAGACUUUCAGCUUCGAGUCAGCAGCGAGAGACAUGGCCACACUGGCCACUGGCUUGAUGCAGGAUUUCAAGCCAGGAACCGCGAUAGUUCAUUCACAAGCGAUAGAGGAGGACAGAGACGCGUUCAGGGACACUUUCGAGAUGGCCAUGGGCCACGCGGCAGACAAUCUCAAGGCCGUUGAAGAAGACUUCGUGGACUCGGAGGAGCAAAAGGGACUAGCAGGUCAACCCAUUGAGAAGCUGGUAAUCGGGAACGUUUCUGGACAAGGCUCCGACGAACCAUUCGUAUUUGUCACGGUACCCAGCUUUCUGGUCAAGUACAUUGCCCUCGGAGUCUAUAUUCGCGGAGACUUCCAAGAGAUGGACAAGUUCCGCCCCAGCCCCAAUCUCGAGACAGUCUUGCGGCCAUGGCAGCAGGAGGGCGCCGAGCUGCUGAGCCACAUGCUCAAUGGACCUCUACGAGGCGCGGUCCUAGGUGAUGGAAUGGGACUGGGCAAGACCUUGACCAGCAUCAAUGUCACUUUACGCGAUCCAAACGAACCAUACGAAGGACCGGUUCUAGUUGUAGCGCCCAAGGCCGUCCAGUCCACGUGGUUGGACGAACUCUCCUUUCACUUCCAACAGCUCAAGGGGCCAAGGGUAUUUGUCCUCAAGGGCAGGAAUGUCUCUGCGGCCGAGAUUUUCGGCAACAAAUACGACUUUAUUAUAGUUAGCUAUAACUAUGUCGUGGGCGCCAGCCAGGAUCUCGACUUCGCCGAGAACACUGCACAAAUUCUCAACAUUGAAAGAAGCCAGCGGCGUAUGGCAAAGGGCAUUGUUCUUCCAGUCAAGUACCGGCGGCCUUGGCGAGUCGGGUUUCCACUCUGUGCCGAGACGAUGGAUGCAUUCGGGCUCCAAUUCCCUAUCAUUGUGCUGGACGAGGCGCACAAGGUGAAGAACCAUUCCUCGGAGACGCAUAUUGCGAUACGCAAUUUGAAGUAUUCCAAAGUCCUGGCAGUCUCUGGAACGGCCUUCCCCAACAAAUGGCACGACAUCUACGGCAUGAUAGACUUCCUUCCCGGCAACCCUUUUGAAUCCUUUGACCACUUCGUCAAGUGCUUUUCGACACUGAUCAACGGGCGCCCCGGUAACACUUGCGAGACGGAUGAGAUUUUGGCCUUCUUGGAUUCAUUCUUCGUUGCGAGGCCCCAGAGCGUCAUGAGUCUCCGAGGCUUAGAGGAGCAUCUAGUCGAGGCUCCUUUGAGCACCGGCAAAAGCAUCUCGAUCGCUCUUCUCGCCGAUGAAUUCUACCGCUUAGCGCGAAUGCGCUCCGACAACGACGAAGACAAUGAUACCACGGCGGCCUUCGCAAAGGCGGUGGAAGCAGAGACGUUGGCAAUCUCUGAUCUCCUAUCUCGUGAAGAUCGCGAAGAGGAUACUAAGCCCUACGAGGACUGGUGCGAGAAGAAGGGCAUUGUACCCGCGGACGUGAGCCCUGACCAGCUACUGGAAUGGGUCGAACGAGCGGGACGUAGACCUAAAUUGAAGCGCAAGCCUCGCAAGGGUAGAAAGACGGCCCCAAAGAGCACCCGGGCAAGCCUCGACGGCGACAAUUCUGACGACCCAGACUUUGUCGCCGGGCAGACAGAGUACCAUGAAGACGAUGGCAAUGACGAGAUGGAGGAGAAUGACGAGGAGUACUGCGAAGAGCAGACAAAAGGUCGCGGAGGCCCCAAGCGUGCGCUCUGGCUUACCCGCCUGCGACAGACGCCUCCCUCGGAGUUCGUCAAUGAACCGCGCAUCAAGGCAGUCACGGAUACAGUCGCACGCGUGCUCUCGGACAACGCCUCGGACAAGAUUUUGAUCUUCUCCAAAUACCUGACUGUCCUCGACAUCAUCGAGAGAGCCCUGGAGGAGGCCGAAAAGGACGAUGCCAUCGGAGUCCGGGUGCUCCGGUUCGACGGUUCAAUGUCUCAUGCUAAGAGAGACAAGGUGCGCCACGAAGUGCAAAGCAACAGCACUACGCCCUGCGUCAUCCUACUCACUGCGGGAGCUGGGGGUGUUGGGCUGACUCUCACUGCGGCCAACCACGUGAUACUCUGCGAGUACUGGUGGACGCAGUCGGAGGAGCUUCAAGCCCUGUCGCGCUGUUAUCGGCAGGGUCAAGAGAAAACCGUACACGUUUGGCGCGUGCGAUCCCUCAACUCCGCCAUUGAACUUUAUGUGCAGCGGACGGCCAAGGCCAAGGCCACGGUCACGGGAGACAUCGCUAAGUGGCUCGUUAGGGAUCUUGCGUGGAACUCCAUCGUCGAAUUCAACCGAGACCCUGGGUUCUUUUGCCGCAAGAGUCACUUGGGCUCUCUUGCGUAUGCCGAUUUUACAAGGGAUGCGGACAAGCCCGAAGUUCAUUGA